ACGUGGAGGUCAGCCCGCGUAGUCUUGUCGUCAAUUGACAACUGCAAAGUUCACAGGCGCGUUACACAACCGCCAAUAAUUCACUAUUCUACUUUACUUCUUAGCCAUAUAUAAAUGUUAACCUAGUGUUUCAUUCAAGUUUAAUGUUGAGUUGACUUAGUUAACGCUUGCCGUUACUUUAGUCGGACGGAAUUUUCGAGAUGGACAUAGCUAACUAGCGAGGCUAACUAGCAAGACAAACAGCAGAUAUCUGGACGUUCAACUCCUGUCAGCAGAAGAGAUGGGCUGCUGCUUCAGCAAGGAGGCCGUACCGGCCCAGGCCAGCGAGAGGAGCAGCCUGCUACACGACCCGUGUCAGGACAACAUCAGUGACAGCGUGGAGGAAGUCCGACAACAGGCCGUGGCGGUAGCGCAACACGUGUGUUUGGAAGAAGAAGAAGCAGGACCGGGUCAUGAGGAAGCUCAUCCAGGACCGGACAGCGAGAAGAAUCCCCAGGUGAGGAGCUCUCACGAGGAGGAGCCGGCCAUUCUUAUCUGCGAUGCCGCGGCGCUCUCGACCCAAGCUGUGAGCAGCAAUCCCUCGCACAGCUGUGAACCGGCGCCCUAUAUGGAGGUACUCACCCAAAGUCCGGCCCGCCAGAACAUCGUGGAGAAUGCGACACGCCGAGCGCUGUGGUUCACGCAGAAGAUUCUCCAGCCGGAAAGUUGUUGGGCCAGUCCUACCGGAACUGGCCCGGAAUUGACACAGGAUUCAAAUGUGUCAUCCAUCUUGGGACGGGAUCAGUUUCCCUUUAACAGCGAAGACUGUAUUGUCACAACAACACUGGGUCAGGAUUUCCAAACGCGGACGCAGAGGUUUUAUAGCAUCUGCUCUAUUGACACCAACGACCUUGACCGAGAUGAACACAUCCUGGCCCAAACUUUUGAAACUUGCACAGAUCCCGGCCUAUCACAGACGGCUUUACCUCUUCCUUUUGUAUCUCCGCAGCCUCUCAACACACACCCGCCGACACAGACCAGCGGUCAAGUUGACCUGCAGAUGGCAAGUGGAACCUCAGAAGUCAACGUGUCGUUGCUGACAAACCCAGAAGAGGACUCUAUGUCGUAUACAGAGCAGAAUAUGCCUACGGAAGUGCAAAUCCUAAAGCCAACACCUGCCACCUUCCAGGAGAACCAAAUAAAUUUUGUCCAGCACUCAGAACCUGUUAAUCAGAGUCCCAAAGACGUCCAUUUCCGUUCUGAAAUGGACUUCACGGAGCAGGGUGACAAGGAUGAAAAAUGUUUACUUGGGAUGGAAAAUGGCGGCUUUGCAAAUAAACACCAGGAUGACGAGGUUUUCCUGCAAAACCCAACUCUCCAAAAGCAAUCCGCUUCACCAAUCCUGUCAAACGAGUCUCCUCGACUAAAUGAAGAUGCUUUUUUGACCCAUUCGACGCUGACAGAGCCACGUGCAUGUUCAGCAGGCCAAACCUUAAUAGAAACACCUGCCAUCUUCCAGGAAAACCAGUUGGACCACCUCCAGUACUCACCGGCAGUUAGUCAAAGUCUCAAAGAAAUCCAUUCCUUUGCAGAACCUGACAUCAGGGAGCACCACGACAAAGCCGAAGACAAAUUUUCACCACAGAGAGAAGAUGGUCUCGUUCACAUAAACACGAAGGCAUGCGAGAGAGUUGAAUAUCCUCGACUAGAUGAUGGAGACAACUCUUCAGAUAUCAAAACCUCACAGAAAACUCCUGCAAUCCAGUCUGAAAAUAUCCAACAUUCUAAGCCAGCAGGUGACAAUCUCAAAGAAGUCCCUCUAAUCCGUUUGAGCUGCAGUCCAUGUUCACUACAGAGAGUAGAUGGUCCUGCAAGUAAACGUGAAGAAGACCCAUUAAUCCAAAUCAGCACGACUCUUUCACCAGGGUCUCCUCUUUCUGUCCUCUCAGCCUCACCCAAUCAAGAUCAAAGUUCAGAAUCUCCUGGUCUGGAUCAUGAAGAAAUGAACAUGAAGGUCAGUCCACCUGCAGUCGUCUCUGUGCAUCACACAAGUCCCGGAAGUUGUCUUGAGUUGGACUUCGAGGUGGCGCAGACAAGUUAUCUUGAUUCAAGCCUCUCAUCAUUCGAGAAGAGGAGCAGAGACGGCCUGAAAUGUCCAAGAGAAGAGACGAAGACAUCAGACAAUGGAUCAUCAAUUGACAAUGAAGAAAUGGCAUUCUUGCCUCCAGAAGAUGAUUCCAAAACAUCUGACGCUCAAACGGUUAAUGCAAGCAGUACGAAUGACGUUUCAGGCCAGCGUCAGGACAUCGCCGUCCCAUUGGAACCGGACCAGCUGGACGUUCAUGCGCUAACACCAUCUUACGAGAUCCAUUUCCUGGAUCCUGAGGCACCCAGCGAAGAAGGCGAACGUGAGGGCGGCAUGAGGGAGAUGGUGUCGGAUCUUCUGGGCGAGGACGCCGACCCCUCCGUGUACCACUUGGAGCACCAGGCCUGGAUGGUUGCCACUGUGGAGGACGGCCCCCAGGCGUGGAUGCAUGGGGCGCCCCCGAACCAGGACGAGACGGCCGUAGCACUGCAACCCGAUGCGGUCCUGCUGGGAGCGUUCCCGUACAGUACUGUUAUUUCUCAUCCAGGACCGUGCGAGUGGGCUUGGCACACGGAGCGCCCUCAGGUCACCCUCAAUCCAGAGGCAGAGGUCUGGACCGGAUGUGGCUUCAGCUACUCACAGCCUCAGCAGCCGUGGUUGCAAUUCCCGAGUGAGCAGAUAGAUCUGCAAAACCAGGGUCUGCUCGUAGGGAUGGACCACAUGAGCGUGGCUGAGGUUGAAGCUCAACCCAAAGCAGCGGGAGACUGCGUCCAAUCAGAACCUGACACCGGUGUACGUGUCGAGCCGUUAAGGGCUGUUCUGGAGAUCUGUCUAAGCAGGGAGAACUUGGCCAAGGACUCGUACCUGCAGUCUCAGAUGGACGACGAGCAGUACGUUUCUUUAGCGACGCUGGCUGACCUCCACGCCGUCAAGAGCCUCGGUGCCGAUUUGCAGCUCGUCGCCAGUGUCGUUAAAACUCUACCGCAGGUCCAGAUGUCGCCGUGCCAGCAGAAAGUGCGCGCAAACCAAAGUCAAUACCUCCUCAUCCUGCGGGAGAUUCCUAGCAGCACCCCUCGCGAGGAGGUGGAAGCGCUCUUCCGUGCCGAGAAGCUGCCCGAGUUUUUGAGCUGCGAGUUCGUGAGCAGCGACAACUGGUUCAUCACCUUCAGAUCGGAGGCCGACGCCUACCAGGCCUUCGUGUACCUGCGAGAGGAGGUCCGAGUGUUCCAGGGGAAGCCCAUCAUGGUCAGGAUGAAAGCCAAAUCGACGACCUUCACGUCCCACGCGCCCCCUAACGGCUUCGGCCCGCCUAACGUCCUAGUCGAUUACCAGACUUCCUUUUUACCUCCCGACGCCUACCAACCGCUUUACGAAUUCACCACCUACCCCGCCUGGUCGGAAUCGGGGUACUCGGAACACGCCGCCGAGUCGCUCCAGCCCAACGGCGCCGUCAACGGCGUACUGACGCCGGCUUACUUUCAACCUCACGUCCCACGACGGAGAUGGAAGGCUUCCAGGACGGGCGGCGCCGAUGUAUUCAGGAGUCAGAAGGAUUCCGCGGAGAAAGUUUCGGAGGCUGUUGGCACUUCCUGGAGGUCCGGUCGAGGGUGGUCCGGUUAUAGAGGCAUCGGGCCAAGCAACAGGCGUGCCAACAAGUCGGCUACAGCGGCCCCGUCACUGGGCGGAAGAUCUGUCAACGGUGGUCCCAGGAAGCGGGAGAACCCGUGGUCUGCCACCAAGACCGUCGAAGGUCACCAUAAAGGACCUCCGCCUCGUCCACCCACGCCCAUCGAGCUUGGCGUGUCCAACUUUCCUCCCCUCGAUGCUAAGAAGACCUCUGGGCCUGCGGAAUCUUUGUCCGACUCCACCGAAGACCCUGCUGGCGAGGCCUCACAGAAGUUGAGCUACGCCGCCAUCUGCCAGAAAUCACCUGUUAAAGACAAGUAAACCGAAACGGAUUGUUUGGAUUUGUUCUGAUUCUUCGUUUGUGUUAAACUCAUGUUCUACUGUUGGUGAGGGAAAGAUCUUGAUGUUUAUUUGAUUUCUUUCUUCACGGGGUUCAUCACUUUAACCCUUUUGAUCCCUGAAUCUACAUUUUAAAAAAUAUUAGAGUAUUAGAGGAAUGCAUGAGCACAUAAAAGUUUUUUUUUUUUUUUAAACUAAAUAUAAAAAACAAAAAAUUCAAAAGAAAAUACAGCUAAAAUGAGAAAAUCCUAAAAUAUGAAGAUGCAAAAUAAUAAGAAAUAAGAUAUAAAGAAAUUCAUUGUAAUUAAAAAAAAAUUGUUUCAAAAUUACUAAAUACGUUUUUAAAAAAGGAGGACUUUACUAAAUUCAUUUUUGAUUGAAAUAUAAAUAUAAAUAAUUAAAGCUCGAUAUUUUCUCAAUUUCUUUUUGUUUAUUUAUUUAUUCAAAAUCUUUUAUGAAUAUUUUAAUGACAGAUUUUCGUAAUUUUUGUCGGUAUUUUUCAAUUUAAUUUCCGAUUCAUAUAUUUUUUUAAAUUAUUAUUUUGAUGUACUUAUGUAUCCCUCUAAUCCUUUUUCAUGUAUAUUUGUUCAAUGUAAAUUCAGGCAUUAAGAGGUUAAUUUUCAGUUCAUUUCCUUUUUAGUUUUAGAUAAUGAAACAACCCAAGAUGUAUAUUUUUGUCUGAUUUUAUCAUUUCAGCUCUUUUAAUAUAUUAACGAAAAUACAUAUACAGCAUACACAAAAUGGCCCCUAACUCAUUUGCUGCCAUUGACAGCAAUAGACGUCCAAUCCAUUCAAAGUGGGAGGGUUCAAAUGGAUUGGACAUCCACUAGUGAUAAUUUUGUCUUUUUUUUUUUUUUUUUUUUUUUUUUUGUAUUAUUACCAAGAUCUGAUGUUAUUUAACUCACUUCCUUACACUGAAACGAAAGUUUUGUCAAUGUAAACAUUUAAGUCAUCUUAAAAAAAAAAGCACUGGUCUUCAUGUUUAACUUGAAUUUGACUUGUUUGAAUUGUUUUUGGAAGCGUUUCAAUGUAAACCAAGAUGUAUAUAAUAGUGAAAAAUAUUAAACAAGUGCCUUU